AUGUAUACCAAGGCAGGUAGUAAUAAAGUGACGCGGGGGGGGUGGAAUGUUCCUUUUGGAAGUUGUACGAGUUAUGGGUUAUGGGUUAUGUCUGGUUUUAUGCGAUCCGAUAAAGAAGUCAGAAGUCAACAAAUCAUGGAGAAAGUCAUGCAUCCAGAUUGA